AUGGCAACCAAGACACUCGCGCGACCUGAUGAGCCUGGUGUCCAUGCUAGAGAUCCCAGAUCAUUACACCCUCAAGACGAAACCAGCAAGAUAGUAGGGAACUCGGCCUCUAUCCCAAGCGAUAACAACGAACCCCCUACCAACUCCAAUGAAUUCGAAUCUGCGGAGCACAGUUCCAAGAAGAGCCUGGUGCAAAUCGCAACAGUGAUGGCCUCACUCUGUGCCUGCGUCUUCCUUGCUGCCCUCGAAGUAACAAUCGUCUCGACUGCUCUUCCAACUAUCGCCGCUCACUUCACUUCUGACUCAGGCUACACCUGGAUUGGCACAUCUUUCGUCCUCGCGCACACUGCCUCAACACCUUCAUGGGGAAAGAUUUCCGACAUUUGGGGAAGAAAGCCCAUUUUACUCAUUGCCAACGUUAUUUUCUUUGCCGGCAGUCUUCUGUGCGCUCUGGUAGAUGAUCUGGCAAUCUUCAUUGCUGGGCGGGCUAUCCAAGGGUUGGGCGCUGCAGUGUGGGCAGUCGCAUCUGGUGUUGGUCCAAUUCUUGGCGGUGCUUUUACUGUUCGACUGAGCUGGAGGUGGUGUUUCUGGAUCAACUUGCCUAUUACUGUCGCGGUAUUCUUUCUACUUGUUCUCACUCUCAGACUCCCGUCUCCAAACACUCCCGUAUGGGCAGGCCUAAAAGCUAUUGAUUGGCCAGGCAGUUUCCUUAUCGUCGGAGGGACUUUGAUGUUGCUUCUAGGGCUCUAUUUAGGUGGAGUCUACGAACCCUGGAACUCGGCGACAGUAGUCUGUCUCAUUGUCUUUGGAAUCAUCACAGCAUUGUUGUUCGUAUGGAACGAGUGGAAGUUGGCAGAGUAUCCCGUGAUACCAGUUCACCUCUUCAAGACUUGGUCAUCUUCGGCAGCAUAUGCUGUCACUUUUUUCCAUGCUUUUGUGUUUAUGGGUGUUGCGUAUUACUUCCCCUUGUACUUUCAAGCCGUUCUCUUGGCAAGCCCACUCCGCUCAGGAAUUUAUCUUCUCCCAUUUAUCCUUUCGAUCUCUAUUUCCGCAGCAAUUACUGGUAUAUACAUACAGUUUAGCGGCAAGUACCUUCUCGUCUCACGCGCUGGGCUGGCCUUGAUGACUUUAGGGAUGGGGCUCAUGAUGAACCUAGGCAUGGAUUUGAACUGGGCGAAAAUGAUUACCUUUCAGUUAUUAACUGGCAUAGGUGUUGGAAUGAACUUUGAGGGCCCCUUGUUAUCCGUUCAGGCUGUGGUACCGCACGAGGAUGUGGCGGCAGCAACAACCUCAAUGGGUUUCACCAGAACUAUUGCAACAGCCAUAUCUGUCGUCAUUGGCAGUGUUCUCUUUCAGAAUGAGAUGAAAGGAAAGAACAAAGCACUUCUAGGCGCACUGGGUCCUGAGCUCGCCAGAAUGUUUGAUGGGGCGUCUGCGUCUGCCAAUAUUGACUUGAUCAAUACACUUCCUGCUGAAUCGCAGCUUAUCGUAAGGGCCGCAUUCUUUCACUCUCUUGACAAGAUGUGGAUUUUGUUGAUAGUAUACUGCAUUCUCGAGCGGUGGGCUGUUGCUCAGUUUCUUUAUGAAGGCUCAGCACCUGAGCAAAGACCACAACGACGCACAUCUGGGCAUUGCCAAAGAUUCGAACAGAACGACGAGAAUCACGAACUGAGACAUAUCCCAACAAAGGCGAGAGGAUCAGAUGAAUCAGUAACCCGAUAUUUUGAAAGGUCAACGCUUGCGCAGCAAGCCAUAACCACCGCGAUGAAUAAGUCAUUUCCCUCAAGUCCCUUGACCGUGAGGAAUGCUUCAACACUCGACAGUCUCUCAGAUGCCCCUAUCACAAAUAAAACGGACGAUAGUCCAACUAUUCCUUUACUUCAGGACCACCGGGGAAAUUCCGCAUCCAGUGAAGUAUCGAUGCACCAAGAAUUCAUCGACAAUGAAGCGGCAAUAAAAACAUUGGCUAAAAUCGACCGUACCAUUAUUCCUCUUCUGUUCAUAACAUACAUGUUCAAUUUUAUGGACAAAGUCAUAUUGUCUAGUGCAGCUGUAUUCGGGUUAAGAGAAGACACUUACAGCUGGGUAGGAAGUGUCUUCUACCUAGGCUAUUUCCUUUGGACUUAUCCAACUACCAUUCUUAUUGCAAACCUUCCUGCUGGAAAGUAUCUUACAGUCAAUACGAUAUUCUGGGGCUUGGUCGUCGUGUUUACUGCUGCCUGCCAGAACUUUGGCGGUCUCUUGACUAUGAGGUUUCUUCUUGGCAUUGCCGAAGCGACAAUAACACCAGGCUUCAUGUUCCUUACUUCAACAUGGUAUACACGUGAUGAAAUGCCGACCCGUGUGGGAAUAUGGUUUUCAGGCAACUCUGUUGGGGGAUUAGUCGCAAGUUUGCUGGCUUUCGGAGUCGGCCACAUUGAGAGCACGACAAUACGACCUUGGAGAUGGAUGUACAUGAUACUAGGCACCAUGACCUUUCUGUGGUCCAUACCCUUGUUCUUCCUCCUCCCUGAUAACAUAUCAAAAGCCGCCUUUCUUUCACCAGAAGAGAGGAAGAUUGCAGCGAAGCGUGUGUCCACUUCUGGCACCGGAAAGACUGAGGGUACGCGCUGGAGAUGGGACCAGUUACGCGAGUGCUUAGUCGAUCCAAAAUCAUGGUUCAUUGUUGGAAUUGAACUGUUUACUCAGAUUCCAAAUGGUGGCUCUCAAAGCUUUGCCAACAUCGUUGUGGCAUCUUUUGGGUUCACUAACUUGCAGUCUACAUUAAUCAACAUACCGUACUCGCUUCUUUCGGCUGGCGUAAUCGCAGGAAGUGGCUAUUUAGCUGGUCGCUUCCGUACGCUGAAUUGUCUCUUGAUUAUUGCGGUAAUUGUACCCUGUGUCAUCGGCAGUGCUGUCAUUUACAAGCGGAGCCAUGUACCUCAAAGCCUACACCUAUUUGCUUACUUUCUUCUUUCAACCGGCUCUGCAGCAAUGCCUCUCACUAUGACCCUCGUGCAGUCCAACUACAGAGGAGUCACCAAGAAGAUGACGAUAACAGCCAUGUUAUUUGUCACGUAUUGCCUGGGAAACAUGGCUGGACCACAUUUCUUUCUCAAGUCCGAGGAUCCGCUAUACGAAACUGCGUUCAAGGCGAUCACGGUUUGCUACAGUUUGGCCAUACUUUGCGCUUUGGGUUUGCGGGUUUAUCUCAAACGGUUGAAUGCAAGUCGCACUAAAGAAGAGGGUGUUGUGGGAAGUGCUGGCUCGGGAGGGUUUGCGAGAGAAUGUGCUGAAGAACAGAGCAGUGAUCUAGCAACUGAUUCGGAGGAUGUCACGGACUGGCAGUCUACAUCGGAGUGCGAGGUAGCGGUCGCUAAAUGUAGUCAAUCAUUCCAACAUCAGUUCGUGAAGCUGGCCGACUAUCAUUCGAAAAUGUCGUGGAGAAAUCAGGGAAUCACCGGUUCCAACAACAUCCCUCUGGGAAAGCGACGCUUUGGGGACGAGGAAGAGGAGAAGUUUGACGGUGGCGAUGCCGCUGUUGAUCGCGACCUGAAGCGAGGACGCGACCCUGAGCCUCGCAGCGAAGCUGAUGGGCCUCGACGACGCAAGAAGCGAAACAGAUGGGGUGAUGCAUCCGAGAACAAAGCCGCUGGCCUCAUGGGCUUGCCCACUGCUAUUUUGUCAAACAUGACAAGCGAGCAGCUUGAGGCCUACACGCUGCAUUUGCGAAUCGAGGAAAUCUCCCAGAAGCUACGCAUCGACGAUGUCGUCCCAGCUGACGGCGACCGAUCUCCUUCUCCCGCUCCUCAGUACGACAACCACGGCCGACGUAUCAACACACGAGAAUACCGAUACCGCAAGCGACUCGAAGAUGAACGACACAAGCUUAUCGAGAAGGCUAUGAAGACGAUUCCUAACUACCACCCUCCUCAGGACUACCGCAGACCUACAAAGACUCAGGAGAAGGUCUACGUUCCUGUCAACGAUUACCCGGAGAUUAACUUCAUUGGAUUACUUAUCGGCCCUCGUGGUAACACUCUGAAGAAGAUGGAGGGAGACUCAGGUGCCAAGAUCGCCAUUCGUGGCAAGGGCUCCGUCAAGGAGGGCAAGGGUCGUUCUGACGCCGCGCAUGCCAGCAACCAGGAAGAAGAUCUGCACUGUCUCAUCAUGGCCGAUACUGAAGACAAGGUCAACAAGGCCAAGAAGCUCAUUCAUAACGUCAUUGAGACUGCUGCGUCCAUUCCUGAAGGCCAGAACGAACUCAAGCGCAACCAGCUCCGAGAACUCGCCGCCCUCAACGGUACCCUCCGAGACGACGAGAACCAGGCUUGCCAGAACUGUGGCAAGAUCGGUCACCGCAAGUACGACUGCCCUGAGAAGCAGAACUACACCGCCAGUAUCAUCUGUCGCGUCUGUGGUAACGCCGGCCACAUGGCUCGCGAUUGUCCCGACCGCCAGCGUGGUGCCAGCUGGCGCAACACCGAUGCUGCAGCCCGUCCUGCUGGUCGUAUCGGUAGCGGAGAUGCCGUUGACCGUGAAUACGAGCAACUCAUGCAAGAGCUUGGUGGAGGUUCUUCUGGACCUCCUGCGCGUAUCGAGGCCGGCCCUGGCGCUCAAGAUAACGGCAGCGCGAAGCCCUGGGAGCGAGGUCCUACCGGCGGACCUGCACCAUGGCGCAGCCGUAACCAAGAUUCUAACGAAGGAGGAUCGGCAGCCCCCUGGGCCCGCGAACGCGGUGGUCGCAACCAGGAUAAUGCCGCUGGUAAUGGCGGUGAUAGCUACUACGGUCAAGCAUAUGGCGGUGCUUCAGGUGCCGCUGCUCCAUGGCAGCAACAAGCUCCUGGAACCCAGGCUGGAUAUGGCGCCUAUCCUGGUUACGGUGCAUAUGGCGCUGCUCCUGGAAUGGCCGCUCCUCCUGGCCUUGGUGCCGCUGGUGGUGCCCCUCCACCUCCUCCUGGUGCUCCUCCUGGACUUGGCGACAUUAAUGCUUUCAUCCAGCAGUAUGCUGGUGCAGCACCUCCCCCACCGCCGCCCUCUGGCGACGCUCCACCACCUCCUCCCAGUGAUCAGCCUCCUCCUCCCCCACCCCCCGGUGCUUAGAUGAGGCUAGGCCAGACCAGGAUGUUUGAGGAUGGAAGUUUCUGACAAUAGUAACCCCUCGACUAUGGACCAAAGAUUGUUCUGUCAAACCUGAUAUUAAGAUGGAGAAUAAGGGAUCGUUUCUAACGUGGCAGCGACUAACCAGUACAAGCCAAGCUUGUGUUUCAUUCACUGCGUAUCAUGAGUGUUGAUGAUCGAACCAUGUGUUGCAGCUAGUUAUAGUUCAUUUCGAAGCACAGGACUAAUCGCGUAGGCAAAGUGUAUUUGAUAAUUCAGUCGAUUUGUUUAUA